AUGGAGUUUCGGGGUGCACAGGAAAUUCCACCGGAAAACUUGGACGCUCCGGUGACUGAAAUCUGGUAUCAAGAUAUUAAAGAGAUUCCUUCUACUCAGUUACCUGAAAGGGCUUUGGUUGCUGCCAAAAUGAGUCUUUUUUGGAGAGCAGAUCGUCGUGACAAACCGGUGUAUGUAGAAGACAAAACUAAUGUUGCCUUAUAUGUAGUGGCAUAUAAGAAAGAAAAGGGGAAAAUGACAACAGUCCAGUUAGGUGCUGAUGAGGAGCCAUGGUACCAUCAGAUGGUGAAGAACUUUGUGCUUCCCAAGGAUACAGACCUGGAGGCGCAACCUUCUGCUGAUGUUGGUGAGUUGAUCAAUUUAGGCGUAGGCCCUGAAUCAAAAAAGAAUAAACGAGGACCUGUUUCGUCCACUGCACCCAAGAAGACUGAUGCGCCAAAGGCGGACGUUCCGAAGGAAGAAAAGAAGAAAGAGGGUCUUGCGCCUGUAGCUGUGAAACAACCCAAGGCGGAGCCUCGAGACACCGUGGACAUCCUGGUAUUAAACCCGGAUGAACCAAUUGAUGUGAAAUCUAGCCCUGAGCCGCUAGUGAGGACUAAGGCGGUUAAAAGAAAGAAGCCUGAAGGUGAAGCUGCGGCGCGGCCUGCAAAAAAGAUCUCAAGGAAAAAAAUUGGCAAGAAAGAAAAACCUGUUUUAUCCGUUCAAGUAGAAACAUUAUCUGCUUUCAAUGAUGACCGUCCACCGUCACCCCCCACGUCUAGUAAAGGAAAUUUAGAGGGUAUAAAGACUGUAGAAGCGGAGGUGGAGAAAACUGUGGAGGCGGAAGCGGAGAAGACUGUGGAGGCGGAAGUGGAGAAGACUGUGGAGGCGGAGGUGGAGGUGGAGACGACUGACGCUGGCGUUACCAGGCCAGUGUCUCCUGAAGAUAGUGCUCAAGAAAAUCCAGAAAAUAUUGAGUAUCAAGCCUUUGUUGUUCAUGAUGAAGAAGAAGAAUCUCCUAUCCGCCCGGAUGAGACUCCGGGGGAUUAUUACUAUAGGACUUAUUCGGAGAAGGGAGCUUCUGACAUCCAUGCGCCUGUAUGGGAAUUGAAACAAGGUGAUACAUUCUCUGACUGGAAAGAUGCUGUUGAAGCUUCCAAAAAAGAGGUUGUUGAAGAGAAGGCAAAGGUUGUUGCUUUGAGAGCUAAGCUUGAAGCUGAUCAAGCUAAAUUCGAGGGUGGGCAGAAGACAGAAGAGUGGUCAGCUAUGAGCUGGAAAAAGAAGGCUGAAGUAGAAGCUGCUCAGCUUGCGAAAGCUCACAAGCGGUGGAAAGAGGCGGAGAUUGAGAAGUUGAAGAAAGAAAAGGCUGACGCGGAAGCUGCCCGCGAUGAAGCUCGUUCUCACAGGGAAAGAAGUGAGCAAAGAGAGGUACAAACUUGCGCAAAUCUUGCCCUUAGAAAUAAGGAGAUUGAGGAACUUACCUCUUUAUUAGAUGAUCAGGAACAAGUCAAAGAGGAACUUGAGUCUGCGAAGAAAGAUCUGCAACUUGCAAAGGUCGAAAAAGCUGAAGCUACGCGCCGCCUCUCCGAAACCGAAGAAAAACUUGAAAGUUCUGAGACUGCCAGAGUGACGGCGGAAAGCUUAGUUGAGGCCUUGAAGAAUAAUAUGUUGUGGAUGCCACGCCAUGGGAUCAUAAAUGUUGCAAAUUCAAUUCUGAACUGGAUUGAUCUGGACCAAACCGUUGCUAACCUGAAGCACAUCACCAAUGCUUUGAGAGUUAACUGGGAUACCAGCAGGUCUGCCACCUGCGGGGUUGACACUGGUGCUGCUCAUGCCGCUGCCAAAGAAGAAUACAAUAACCUGCGCCUCCCAGUGAUGGAUUUGGUGACUACUGCGCUCCAGUCUGAGAAAUUUGUGGACCAGUUGAAGGAAAUAUUUCCUGAUGAAGCGGGCGCUUCAGAUGAAGAAGAUCUAUAG